CAACCCCUUAACAAAUUCAAUUUCUUUAGACCACUCAGUCUCCCACCCAACAAAAAGGAAAAAAAAAGAGCACACUCAAUUGUCCUCCUUCGAAUGGCCAAUCAUUAACCAUUCAAAUUUCAUUCUCUCAAAUAACCAAACCCUAACAUCCACCACAAUGAAUUGCAGCUCCGUCGCCACCGCCAAGAAAGACGCAAACGGUGCCCAAGCUCUUAUCUUAGGACGCUACGAAGUCGGGAAACUCCUCGGACACGGCACUUUCGCUAAAGUUUACCAUGCGCGCAACGUCAAAUCCGGUGACAGUGUAGCCAUCAAAGUGAUCGACAAGGAAAAAAUCCUUAAAGGUGGCUUAAUUGCUCACAUCAAGCGCGAGAUCGCCAUCCUACGCCGCGUUCGUCACCCGAACAUCGUCCAACUCUUCGAAGUUAUGGCCACCAAAUCCAAAAUCUACUUCGUCAUGGAAUACGUACGCGGGGGUGAACUCUUUAACAAAGUUGCCAAAGGCCGAUUAAAAGAAGACGCCGCCAGAAAAUACUUCCAGCAAUUAAUCUCAGCUGUCAAUUUUUGUCACGCGCGCGGCGUUUACCAUCGCGACUUGAAGCCCGAGAAUCUACUGCUAGACGAAGAAGGGAAUUUAAAAGUCUCCGAUUUCGGGUUGAGCGCCGUUUCGGAUCAGAUCCGGCAAGACGGUUUGUUUCAUACGUUUUGCGGGACCCCUGCUUACGUGGCACCGGAAGUUUUGGCGAGGAAAGGAUACGAUGCGGCGAAAGUAGAUAUCUGGUCUUGCGGGGUAAUAUUAUUUGUUUUAAUGGCGGGGUAUUUACCGUUUCACGAUCACAACGUUAUGGCUAUGUACAAGAAGAUUUACAAGGGUGAGUUCAGGUGUCCGAGAUGGUUUUCACCUGAGUUAACUCGGCUACUUACGAAGCUUCUGGAUACGAAUCCGGAAAAGAGAAUAACGAUUCCGGAAAUCAUGGAGAACCGAUGGUUUAAAAAGGGGUUUAAACAUAUUAAGUUUUACAUUGAAGAUGAUAAAUUAUGCAAUGUAGGGGAGGACGUUGAUGACGUGGGAUCAUGUUCGGACCAGUCAUCGUUGUCUGAAUCAGAAGCUGAGUUCGAAACUCGGAGGAAAGUUACUUCACUACCAAGGCCGGCUAGUUUAAAUGCGUUUGAUCUUAUUUCGUUUUCCCCGGGGUUUAAUUUAUCUGGAUUGUUUGAGGAAGGAGAGGAAGGAGCAAGGUUUGUUUCCGGGGCGCCGGUUUCUAAAAUUAUAUCCAAAUUGGAGGAGAUAGCGAAGGUGGUUAGAUUUACAGUGAGGAAAAAGGAUUGUAGAGUUAGCUUGGAGGGUUCUCGAGAAGGGGUGAAAGGGCCAUUGACAAUUGCUGCUGAGAUAUUCGAGUUGACACCUUCUUUGGUUGUUGUGGAAGUGAAGAAGAAAGGAGGGGACCGAGGAGAGUACGAGGAGUUUUGUAACAGGGAAUUGAAACCUGGGUUAGAGAACUUGAUGCUGGAGGAAUCACGAUCUACAGCUGUUGCUGCUGCCGAUGUAUCACAUUUACCUUCGGAUACGGAAUAGAGAGAGAGGGGGAAGGGAAAAGGGUAAGCCUUUCUCUUUCUCUCUGUUUUCUUUUUCUUUUGCUAAGGCUUUUGUAUCAUAAAAAAAGUUAUUCUUUUCGAUUUUCAUUUUGUUAUGCUACUUAGGCGGAGCUUUAGUUGACUUGAUAUAUUUGUAUGAUCCAUUCUCGUAUCGGGAAGGAUAGAUUAGAUUACAGAGAACUGAAUACGAAUUCCUACUAAUCUUGGCAAUUGGGUUUCUGGCUUGUAUAUUUGAUAUUUCCAUCCACUUUAUUGAGAAAUGAAUUAAUGAGAAAUUUAAUUUAUA